UUCAGUUUCAAAAAACUGAGUAUCAUUUUAAUUACAUGAUACAGAGUGUUUUACUAAUUAUAAACACUUGUACAAAUUAACUUAAUAAUCAAAUUUGUAACUCUAAGAGAAUACUCGCACUACUCAGAAUCUACAUGGAUUUAAUUUUCAUUUUCUCAAUAAUGCCUAUAGCUACUACUGUGCUCAUUUUCCUCUUUGUUAAUCUACUAGUCGAUUCUGGUGUAGCAACCUUCACGAUGCCUGCAAAUGUGACAGUUCCAGCGUUCAUAGCAUUUGGAGACUCGAUCGUGGACCAAGGAAAUAACAACUACAUUCCGACGUUCAUUAGAGCCAACUUCCCUCCAUACGGGAUGGGUUUUUUGGGUGCUAAAGCAACAGGAAGAUUUACAGACGCGAAGACACCUGUAGACUUGAUCGCUGAGAAAGUAUUAGUUAAGGAGUAUGUACCACCAUACCUAGAUCCGUUCAUCGAAGACCAAGAUAUGAUCACCGGUGUAAGCUUUGCCUCAGGAGCUACUGGAUAUGAUCCACUAACAUCUACCAUAAAUAUGGCUGUACCAAUGGUGGAUCAGCUGCAAAUGUUCGAAAAUUACAUUAGAAGACUUGAAGUAUUGGUCGGUAAAUCAGGGACGGAAAACAUAUUAUACAACAGUUUGUUUUUGGUGGCUGCGGGAAGUGAUGAUUUCGUCCUUAACUACUUCUCGGCCUACCCGAUGAGGAAACUUGAAUACGAUAUACCUACUUAUGCUGAUUAUGUCGUAUCAAGAGCUUCAUCCUUUGUACGGACGCUACAUGGACUUGGAGCACGAAGAGUAGUUGUUCUUAGUUUACCACCAAUUGGGUGUAUGCCUACUUCAAGAACUUUUGGUGGCGGUGGGAAAAAUAGAUCAUGUUCAACACUUUAUAACAGAGCAGCAAAGCACACUAACAAGAAACUUGCUGCUGAAUUCGAGUCACUUAGGUCCAGAGAUCCUCCAGUCAAAGUCAUUUUUGCUGAUAUUUACAAUCCUGUAUUGGACAUAGUCAAUAAUCCACAAUCCUACGGGUUUGAGAUUGUGGACAGAGGUUGUUGUGGUACCGGAAAGGUAGAGGUGAGUUGGAUGUGUAAUGAAUUUGCCCAGACAUGCUCAGACAUCUCUAAGUAUCUUUUUUGGGAUAGUUUUCAUCCAACGGAAAAGGGUUACAGGGCCAUUGUCGAAAACGUACUCGAAAGAUAUGUGAAGGAUGCACUCGAGAUCUGGUGACCCGACUUGAUCACCCAGUCAUGGUCUUCCUGUUUGCAACAAAUAAGAUCCAACCCAUUUAUGCUCUUCUCUUAUCACUUUCGGAUUUAGGUUUCCAAAUAAGUCAAUCUUAAACUUUCCUUAGUGUCUAUGUAAAGUAAAUUUGUGACAUUUUUUAUUAUAUGGAUCAUUGGUGCUCAUAAGGUCAUCAUUAGAGUAACAGAUUUCGAUCACUGUGUUAUGUCAUAGAAAUUUUCGACGACAUUUUAACCUGAAACAGCUAGAUCAA